AUGCCUUCUAACGACCCCUUCCAGCACAUUGUUGUGGGUUACCCGAAGCUCGCAGCAAAGAUCGAAAUCCAGCCAGAAGCAGCUAUAUUCCGCAAGUUCGGCGCUCUCAACGCACAAAAUCUCCUUUAUUUUCAGGCUGAGCUGACCUGCCUGGAACAAGAAUUGAGAGACCAGCAGCUUGAAGACGACAACGAUCGAAAUCCGGACCAAGGGGUGAAGAAAUGCAAAUAUGCGAAGAGCUGGGACUGGUUGCGAGAUUCACAAGAGGAUGGUGAUACCACUCAACUCGACCUGGUCCUCAAAAUUCGAGAAACUUUGAAGGAAUACAACCACGCUCUGCUUCAACAGUCUAUGAUCUUGAAUCUGUCGAGUCCGGGGAAAUGGGAUCUUCACAAUCUGCAGGACUACCUGCAGGCUCCAGAGAUGGGCCCGCUCGCGUUAGAGGGAGAAGAUGCCACUAUAUGGGGCUCAGUAAAGGAUCGGAAGUCGCACAAGCCCGACCUCGUCGCACUGUGCCCUCGCCGACGAGAAGAUGCAUUCUCCUCCUGGGUCGCCGAGAGUGCAAUAGUCAAUCUCUUUAGGUGUGGAUGUGCCCGCUUUAUGAAGCCCUCACGAAUCCAUGGAGUUGUUGGAUACGAAGACAGCACGAUUUAUCGCAUCACCUACUGGAUCACAAGCAUAUUGGCGUCCCUAAUCCCGAUAGCAUCAAUUGUAAUCCUAUACUGCGUUUACUCCAUGCGUGCAAGGCUAGGAAUCAUAGCUGCAUUCAACUUACUAGUAGCUGUGUGUUUGAUGGGGCUGGCCAAUGCAAAGCGCGCCGAGGUUUUUGCUAUUACAGCUGCGUAA